AUGAUGGUGGUCUGGGGUGAACCAGAUUCUGUGGAAUCUACUAUAAAGAAUUCGAGUAUUUCUUGGGAUUCAUGCAUUGAACUUUGUCUAUUAUCACAAGAGUGUAUUAUGGCAUGGCAGUCCACUGGAACAUGUUAUAUCUAUAAUUAUUAUGCAAUUACUUCAGUCUCUCAAACAACUUCAGAAUAUGGAUCAGUUGUUGCAUGGAAAGGAUCAAUAUUCGUGGAUUAUGAUCCAAGUGAUUGGCCAAUGUACAUUGACUAUAACAUUUAUCUCGAUGGAAAUAAAUGGAAAAUGUCUUAUAGUGUGAAUCGCAGUUGUAGCGGUGAAUUCCAAGACAUAAUUACCCAUCAAGACGGCUCGGCAAUGUGUGUCACUAAUUGGUACUCCUCAGAUGAUGGUGACUUCAGUUUCGAUAGAGGCAUUGAACUGUGUCGAGAGAAUACAGCAAUGCUCGCCACUCUUAUCUAUCCAGAAGAUUUUGCAUGGUUUCAAAAUGAUGUGCUAACAAAUUUGAGAUCAAAACUUUUUGAACCGGAUAGUUAUGCAAGAUUUGAUGGAAAAAGGAAAGUUAGCUGCCAAGCCACACCAAGUGCACCAGAAUGCAUUGGUGUAGAGGGAUUUGAUUUCAUCAAUACUCCAGUUCCUACAUUCGAACAUUACAACUGGGUCACCAACUCUUCAGCUCAACAUACUCCAGAUGAUAAUUGUCUUGUGGUCGUUUUUGAAGAGGAUGAGCCACCAAAAGUUGAUGUCAGAGGAUGUUCCGAUACUACAACUCCAUUGAAGUCCCGGUUAGUCUUCUGUUCAAAUGUUGCAUGGACGUUAGACGCCGUGGAUUAUGACUGA